UACCGGGGCGGGCCAGCGGGUCAAUGUGACGGGUACUGCAAAUGGGAGGAACUGAAAAACGAAGACGAUGAGCAAAGCCGGAGAAGAAGAAGAAGAGGACGAGCGUUUCCACGACUCAUUGGACCGGCUCCUCUCCUCGACCAACACCUCCUGUUCUUGUUCUCCUUCUUCUUCCGAAUCCGAGGAUCCAAACCCUUUUUCAAACCCGGGUUCUCCUAAUUAUGUAGCCGACGGCUUGUCUGACCCUGUCCGCGUCGUCCCUAAAUUUCCGAUGGGCCUCUCGAAUAAUUACGAUGUUUGGAUCUCUCAGCCCUCCUCCGUUCAAGAACGCCGUCUCCGUCUCCUCAGCCAGAUGGGUCUCAGCCGUGAUCCCUCCCUCGUGCGCCACAGACCGACGUCCUCCGCCGUCUUUGACAGCGGUGGCUUACAGGAUUUAUUCGGCAGAUCGAUGUUGUCGGAUCACUUGAAUCAUAGGAACCCUGGUGAGGGUUUUUCUAAAACUCUAUCAAAUAGUUAUAUUAACGAUGAUCAUAAAAUUGGUUGUGACGAUGAUAACGGUGAUCAUAACAAUAAGAGGAAUGUUUCUGGGUUUGUCCGAUCAAAAUCGGACGGUGAGUAUAAGAGUUCAAAUAUUCUUUCGGUUGAUUCUGGUUCUUCGCCAUCAGUAAUGGCCAAUGGGCCUGGGAGUGAUGGUACUAUAAUUGUAAAUAACAAUCAUAGAAAUAGUCAAAGUCACAGUGUUGUUCUUAUUGUUGAUAAUUUGGGUAAUGGUUUGUCGAAUAAGCCUCCUAAGGGAAAGAUUAGAACGGAUUGCACAAGGAAUGGGAGUUGUACUUCGUUGCCCGGGUUGGGAAAUGGGGAGGUGGAGGAGGGUUUGGAUUGUAGUAGGAUGGUUAGGGUUGAUGAUCCAGAUAAUCCAGUUUGUACAAUACGGAAUCUUGACACUGGAAAGGAGUUUGUGGUGAAUGAGGUGAGGGAAGAUGGGACGUGGAACAAGCUUAAGGAAGUGGGAACAGGGAGGCAGUUGACUAUGGAGGAGUUUGAGAUGUCUGUUGGGACUUCGCCGAUUGUUCAAGAAUUGAUGAGGAGGCAGAAUGUGGAGAAUGGGAAUAGGGAUGCUGGGGAUUGUAAUGUGGACGGGAACAGUGGGAGUGGAUCCAGGUUUAAAAAGAAGGGAAGUUGGUUGAAGAGUAUCAGAAAUGUUGCUAGUUCUGUUACAGGUCACAAGGAGAGGCGUAGUAGCGAUGAGAGGGAUACAUCAUCUGACAAGGGUGGGAGGAGGUCGAGUUCUGCUACUGAUGAUAGCCAGGAUGCUUCCUUUCAUGGGCCGGAAAGAGUUCGGGUUAGACAAUAUGGGAAGUCUCAUAAAGAACUUACUGUGCUUUACAAGAGCCAAGAGAUACAGGCACACAAUGGAUCGAUUUGGACUAUUAAAUUUAGUUUGGAUGGAAAGUAUCUUGCAAGUGCUGGAGAGGACUGCAUCAUUCAUGUAUGGCAGGUUAUUGAAUCAGAGAGGAAGGGUGAUUUGUUGUUUGACAAACCUGAAGAUGGAAAUCUGAAUCUUCUAUUUUUAACCAAUGGAUCCCCUGAGCCAACUUUGCUGUCACCGAGUUUGGAUGGUCAUUCAGAUAAGAGGAGAAGAGGAAGGUCGUCUAUAAGCCGAAAAUCAGUGAGUUUGGAACAUGCUUUGGUCCCAGAGACAAUUUUUGCCCUUUCAGAGAAACCCUUUUGUUCAUUCCAAGGGCAUCUGGAUGAUGUGCUUGACCUGUCAUGGUCCAAGUCCCAGCUUUUGCUAUCAUCCUCAAUGGAUAAAACAGUUCGACUCUGGCACUUGUCUAGCAACUCUUGUCUGAAGAUAUUCUCACACAGUGACUAUGUUACCUGCAUCCACUUUAACCCUGUUGAUGAUAGAUACUUCAUCAGUGGAUCCCUGGAUGCUAAGGUGCGCAUAUGGAGUAUUCCUGAGCGCAAAGUUGUUGAUUGGAAUGAUUUGCAUGAGAUGGUCACUGCUGCCUGCUAUACACCAGAUGGUCAGGGUGCAUUGGUUGGUUCAUACAAAGGGAGCUGUCACUUGUACAACACUUCUGAUAAUAAAUUGCAGCAAAGGAGUCAAAUGAAUCUGCAAAUUAAGAAGAAGAAAUCUCAUCAGAAGAAAAUUACUGGUUUCCAGUUUUCUCCAGGAAGUACAUCAGAAGUGCUUGUAACAUCUGCAGAUUCAAGGAUUCGGGUUAUAGAUGGAGAUGAUUUGAUUCACAAAUUCAAAGGAUUUCGCAACACCAAUAGCCAAAUCUCUGCCUCUCUUACAGCUAAUGGGAAGUAUGUCGUUUGUGCCAGUGAGGAUUCUCAUGUUUAUGUUUGGAGACAUGAAGAUGAUUCUCGGCCAAGCAGAAGUAAGGGUGUCACUGUAACACGGUCUUAUGAACAUUUUCACUGCCAAGAUGUAUCAGUGGCUAUUCCUUGGCCUGGGAUGUGCGAGACAUGGGCAUUUCGGGAUACCACUUCUAGAGAACAGAGUGGUCCAAUUGAUCGCCCAGAUGAGGUUUUGACAGCUAACCACCCUCCUACACCAGUUGAAGAGGCUAAUGAUAGUGAUCAUUCCCCACCGGCAUCUGGAUGCAGUAGUAGUCCACUGAAUGGGACAAUAUCCAGUGCCUCCAAUAGCUACUUCUUUGAUAGAAUCUCAGCAACAUGGCCUGAGGAAAAACUUACUUUAGCUACUAAGAAUUGCAGCCCUCGCGUUAGUGUGGACUUCUCCAAUGGGUUAAACCACAAUAGGUCGGCAUGGGGUAUGGUGAUUGUCACUGCAGGCCUUCGAGGGGAAAUCAGGACUUUCCAAAACUUUGGAUUGCCAGUGCGGAUAUAGGGCAUCAUCAGAAUCCCAUUUCGCAUAAAGUGUCUAUUGCCACAACGGACGUCUGCUCCCAAGAGUUUGUGAUAUUUGUACAGAUACUUGGUGAGAUUUGUAUUAUUAGCUUUUCUUUCUUUCUUUCUUCUGUUUGUGCCGGUCAGUUGAGGAGCCUCUGCAACGCGGCCUUGAGAAAGCAAAUAGAUUUCCCAGGAUUAAGAGGGGACAAAAGAAAAGGGGGAAAAAAAAGAAGAAGAAGAAAAGAGAAAAAGAGAGAACCCAAAGAACAAAAAAAAAAAGGAAGAAGUUACAAUUCAGUUUAGAAACCGAUUGAUUUUCUGUAAUCGGCAAAUGUAGAGUUCUAAGCAUUGCGAAAGUUUAUCGAAUCUAGAUAAAAUUCUUUGACUAUUCAUUCUACUCUAGUUUGCUAGUGUAUACAUAAGAUUUGGCGUGGAACUGGGCAUGGAUUGGUUCCUUGGUCGGCCAGGAUUACAUGUUCAGUGAUGACUUUUAACUUAUUUGUACGGUAUAUGUAGCAUCAUUGUUGUAAUUGACAGAUACGUAGCAAAAGAAAGCAAGUUGUUGAUUGAUA